AUGGCCUAUCAAUUUGAAGAGAUCAACGUUCAAAUAAACCGAUGGGUUGUUCUUAUAAUCACAUUUUUCAGUAUUUUGGGUAAUAUGGUGAAUAUUGCCAUAUUCAUUCGACCUGUCUUCAAUCACCAUGUCUGUUCUUGGUAUUUGUUUGCUCUUGCUACUAACAAUUGUGUUUAUUCAGUUACUGUCCUCAUGUAUCGUAUAUUGACAGAUGGAUUUCAAAUUCCCAUAUUUUCAAAUUCUUUUCCUUUAUGCCAAUUCAUCAGUUUUAUGAAUACAUUUUGUACUGGUUUGUCGCACUAUCUUAUUGUAUUUACGGCUAUCGAUCGAUGGGCGGCUAGUUCAACGAAUGUUCGUCAUCUUCGUUUCAACAACUUUCAAGUAAUGCCAUGGGUGGUGCUCACCAUUAUUGUCUUUUGUGCAGUCGUCGCCGUUAGUAGUGCGGUCGUAACAGAAUUUGGAGCAACAGAUGGGCUCGGGUGUGCCAUUCGAGCUACUACAAUUUAUAAUCAAUUUUAUUUAAUCGCUCAACUCGUAUUAUUUGCUAUUAUUGCACCCAUUCUGAUGAUAAUAUUUACUCGGUUAACAAUUCAAAAUAGAAAAAUGAUCGGUGAUUUACCGAUCACCGUCUCAAAAUGUCGUAAGAUGGAGUAUCAUCUUACUCAAAUAUUUCUUCUACUUGUUACUGUUCACAUUGUGCUUAAUCUAUUAGAAUGGAUCGAAUAUUUAAUAUUAUUUCGACCAAAUAUGUUUGGAUCUUACAUGCUUAUUCAAACAAUGAUUCGAAUUCCAAUAUAUUCUUCCUUUGCAGUACCCAUUAUCUGGUACUUGAUUUUAGGUAUAGAAUUUCGACGAGAACUCGGCAAGAUGAUACCAAUAUUAGCACCAUUAUUAAGACGUAUUCAAGUCAAUACCACAGUAAACAAUAAUGCAGAGGCACAUUCAUAUUAA